AUGCAAGACGAUAAAAAUUUGGACAAGGAGCCUUUUAACGAUGAGGCAUAAUUUUCCAUCUAAGAUGAUGCGAUGAAUCAGAUGAAAGAUGGUUGUAAACGAGAUAUCUGUGUAAAUGCUUUCUGCAAAAACAAUCCUAAUUUUAAGGCUCCAGCCUCAUCGGCUGAGCUAUUGAAGAAUGCUUUGGAUUUAGGCAAGUAAUUGCUUGAAACAAAAAAACAUCAAUACUGGAAUGUGGUUUGUGAUCCUGACUAUAUGCAAGAAAUAGCAUAAUCAAUCUAGAGUCAUAAUGUAGAAUCAAUCAGAGAUUACUCGUUUUUGGUUGAGUUUAUCAAUUCACCCUAUGCUUUCUCAAUAUCAUUUCUAAAAGACAAAUCAAUUAUUGGACUUGAUGAUCCAUUUGGACAAAAUAAGUAUAAGCUAAACCUUGAUGAGGAUUUAUUAGAUAGAUUUUUCGAUGUUUUAAGGGAUAUUGAGUAAAAGGAAAGCUAGUAGGAAUUUUAGGACGGUGUAACAUCCUUAACAGCAAUGUAUGAGGAGAGCAUUCUUAAGUUCAAGGAGCAGUUGCAAAUUUAUAUAUCUGAAGAAGAUGAUUAUUAGUCAAGAUAUCAAAUAGUUUUUCCUUUUAUUCUUAGAGGCUUACUAAUUCAUCUACUCUAUGAUACUUUCGAUGAUUAAAGAGAAGAAUUUCCUGAAAUGAUCCAGUAUUUAGAAGUUUUAAUAAACAGUAAAAAAGAUAUCGCAAACUAUUUGGAAAGAUAUUUGACUUAGUUAUCACAUAAAAAUUUCAAGUUACUGGUAAGAAAAAUCUAGCACUUCAUAUCCGCUAUUUUUGAUCCAGAAGAUCAGCAAAAUGAUCAUUUAUGGGAAGCAAUCCAAGUCUUGGAUAUAUUCUACAAAGCAAAUCAAAAAAGGGAUGAAGAUGAGAAAUUGAGUUUCAAAGAAUUCUACAAUGAGACUGUGAAUUAUAAUGUGAAUCUAAAUUCAGAGUAUGAUGAUUGGCUUCAGUAAAAGAGCCAAAUGCUAGAUCCAGAUGAGAGUUAUGUCAACAUUAGUAACUUCAUCAAUUUUUCUUGGAUUCUUGACACCUAAGCCAAGAGUGAUAUACUAUUCUUCGAUAGCAAAUACAAGAUGGAUAAUGAGAUAGAUAGAGAGCUGAUUAAUAACGUGGUCAUCAAUCUAUUCUAAAACUAGUUAGAUCAAAACUUCGCAUAUCUUUAUCUAGAAAUAAACAGAGAAUCAAUCAUAGAAGAUACUCUGAAUUCUCUCAUUAGAGAGGAUAUUAAUUUUAAGAAACCCCUAAGAGUGAAAUUUAUUGGGGAGCCUGGAGUUGAUGAAGGGGGUGUUUAGAAGGAAUUUUUCUAGUUACUCAUAAGAAAGCUAUUUGAUUCCUAAUACACAAUGUUCUAAUACUAUGAAGAGUCAAGACUAUUCUGGUUCAAUGGAAAUACCUUUGAAAGCAAUGUUAAAUUUGAAUUAGUUGGUAUUUUAAUGGGACUAGCCAUCUAUAACUCCAAUAUUCUUGAUUUGCACCUUCCAAUUGCUUGCUAUAAAAAGCUACUUAACAUAUAGCCAGAUCUAGCAGAUUUGAUGGAACUACAGCCAUCUGUUGGACAAAGCUUUCAAUACAUUCUCAAGUCAGAUGAUCCAGAUCUUGAAUCAAAACUCUAUCAGAAUUUCACAGUCGAGUUAGAUAGUUUUGGUGCUAGUUAAGUUCACGAACUAUUGCCAGACGGUGCUGAAUUCUAUGUAAACUAAGAAAACAAAAACGAAUAUGUCAUGCUAUUCAAUGACUUUUUCUUCAACACUCAGUGUGAAGAAUAAUUCAAGGCUUUUAAAAGAGGUUUUUACAAGGUAGUUACUGCCGAGAUAAUAGAGCUAUUUGGACCAGAGGAAUUAGAACUUUUAGUCUGUGGCUCUAGAACGCUAAACUUUGAAGAUCUCUAAAGUUCAGCCUAAUAUGUAGAUGGCUACUCAGAAGAUUCAGAGGUUCCAAAGUGGUUUUGGGAAGUAGUUCAUAAUGAUCUCACUGACUUUCAAAGGAAGCAGCUUCUGUAAUUCAUAACAGGAUGCGAUAGAGCUCCGGUAAGCGGGUUAAAAUCUCUUCCAAUUUAUAUUGGUAGACAAGGACCAGACACAGAUAGACUUCCUACAGCCCACACAUGCUUCAAUCAUAUUCUAAUUCCAGAGUAUUCCUUGAAGGAUAGAUUAAGGAUAAAGCUAAUUAAUGCGAUACAAAAUGCUGAAGGUUUCGGACUCUAUUGA